AUGGCUCGGCUUACGGAAGAGAUGGUGAUCGCGCGAUCGAAGCAAUCAGACCUCACCGCGAUAAAGAAAUUGAACUGCUGGGGCGCGGAGCUCGUGGAUAUCAGCCUACUUCGACGGAUGCCCAACGUGGAAGUGCUGGCCUUUAGCAUCAACAAAAUCCGCACACUAGGCGACUUCGCGGGAUGUCGGCGGCUGCGCGAAUUGUACGUGCGAAAGAACGAGAUCCGCGACCUGGCGGAGAUCCGCCAUCUUCGACACCUGCCGGACCUCACGAGCCUGUGGCUCGAUGAGAACCCCUGCACGCAGCAUCCAGAAUACAGAAUGACGGUGCUCAGGAAUUUGCCAAAUCUAGAGAAACUGGACAAUGUGCUCGUUCAGCCCGAGGAGGUGCAAGAAGCGAUGCGACGAGGCGCCCACAUACCCGACUCAGACGACGAAGGGUACCCACAACAGCAGGAGACAUACGGCCAGUAUCGUAGGCAGAGGUCGUGUGAGUCUAGUCCAGAACGCGAGCCGGAACCAUAUAACUACGGAAGACCCGCGCAAAGGCUCGAACAGGGAAGCGACAGCUCGGCGGACGGCGCCACCGAGCCACCAACGGAGCCACAGCGCUCCGAAAACCAUCAGCCGUGUCCACUGUCACCGACGCGGCGUGCCGCCUCGCCGGAACCGGACGAGAGAUAUGAACACCCAGCAAUGACCAGUUCACACUACGAGACGCGCACAGGCCCGCGAUCACCGGACGCUGCCUCCUUGAGGCAUUCCGUGUCCGCGCAUAAUGUAAAGGAGUAUUCGUACGCUUCAAACGGCGACUGGAGGCAUUGCGGUGGCGCGGUGUCGACCGCGGACAGAUCGGAAGUGUACCAGCCGCGCGAGUGGGAGCGAGAAAGGGAGACGGAAAGAGAGAGAAGAGACAGGGAGUACCCCUCGGCGGUAAUGGCUGAGCACCGCGGCUUCACAAGACGACCCGUCACUAGAAACUCGAACCUGUUGUCCGCCGUAUUGUGCCUUGUGAAGGAGCUAGACUACCCGAGCCUCGAGGUCGCCGAAAUGGCAGUUAGGUGUCGCAUGGACGAGCUAGCGAACAGCCAG